UCAGCUAGUCUAAAUAGUAGCUGAUUUUCCUUCAAAAUAGCUGGUCAGUAAUCUAUUCAGAACAUUCUCGAACAAGUUUAUUCAUAUAUAAUCAUUAAUCAAUAAAUCAUCUCUGCAUAACCAUUAUCCAAGCUUCACAGGUUCACUUGUAACGUGAAAUUUUAGCAAGAAGUAAAAGAUCUUGGACGUGAGCAUGGCAGGAAUAGGAGAAGGAGCUGCUAUUGGAAUUGAUCUGGGAACAACAUACUCGUGUGUAGGUGUGUGGCAACACGACCGUGUGGAGAUCAUUGCCAAUGAUCAGGGCAAUCGGACCACCCCUUCUUACGUUGCUUUCACCGACACCGAACGCUUGAUCGGUGACGCUGCCAAGAACCAAGUUGCCAUGAAUCCUAUCAACACUGUUUUUGAUGCAAAGCGUUUGAUCGGCCGAAGACACAGUGAUCCCUCAGUAUCGAGUGACACUAAGUUGUGGCCUUUUAAGGUGAUUGCUGGUGCUCAAGACAAGCCCAUGAUCCUUGUUAGCUACAAGGGUGAAGAAAAACAGUUUGCUGCUGAAGAGAUAUCCUCAAUGGUACUCGUGAAGAUGAAAGAAAUCGCAGAGACUUUUCUGGGAACGGUUGUUAAGAAUGCUGUUGUCACUGUUCCAGCAUACUUCAAUGAUUCACAACGCCAGGCUACUAAGGAUGCUGGUGUCAUAUCGGGUCUCAAUGUCAUGCGCAUAAUUAAUGAACCGACUGCUGCUGCAAUUGCAUAUGGUCUUGAUAAGAAAGCGACUAGCGUUGGUGAGAAGAAUGUGCUUAUAUUUGAUCUUGGAGGUGGGACGUUUGAUGUGUCACUACUUACAAUUGAGGAGGGUAUUUUUGAGGUCAAAGCUACGGCUGGAGAUACUCAUCUUGGAGGCGAAGAUUUUGACAACAGAAUGGUGAAUCACUUUGUACAAGAGUUCAAGAGGAAGAACAAGAAAGAUAUUACUGGGAAUCCAAGGGCUUUGAGAAGACUGAGGACGUCUUGUGAGAGGGCCAAAAGGACUUUGUCCUCGACUGCUCAGACCACCAUUGAAAUUGAUUCCCUUUUUGAGGGAAUUGAUUUCUACUCAACCAUAACACGUGCAAGAUUUGAGGAGCUGAACAUGGAUCUCUUUAGAAAGUGUAUGGAACCCGUGGAGAAGUGUUUGAGGGAUGCUAAGAUGGACAAGAGCGCUGUUCAUGAUGUUGUUCUUGUCGGUGGCUCAACAAGGAUUCCUAAAGUACAGCAGCUUUUGCAGGACUUUUUCAAUGGCAAGGAGCUUUGCAAGAGUAUAAACCCCGAUGAGGCAGUUGCUUAUGGCGCUGCUGUUCAAGCGGCUAUUCUCAGUGGCGAAGGAAAUGAAAAGGUGCAAGAUUUGCUGUUGUUGGAUGUCACACCUCUGUCCCUUGGUUUGGAAACUGCUGGAGGAGUCAUGACUGUCUUAAUUCAACGGAACACUACAAUCCCUACCAAGAAAGAGCAAGUAUUCUCUACGUAUUCUGAUAAUCAACCCGGGGUUUUGAUUCAGGUUUUUGAAGGUGAGAGGACUAGAACAAGAGACAAUAACUUGCUGGGCAAAUUUGAGUUAUCUGGGAUUCCUCCGGCUCCUAGGGGUGUGCCUCAAAUCACUGUCUGUUUCGACAUAGAUGCCAAUGGUAUUCUAAAUGUGUCUGCAGAGGACAAAACCACAGGGCAGAAGAACAAGAUCACCAUCACUAACGACAAGGGAAGGCUAUCAAAGGAGGAAAUAGAAAAGAUGGUUCAGGAAGCAGAGAGGUAUAAGGCAGAGGAUGAAGAGCACAAGAAAAAGGUGGAGGCAAAGAAUUCUCUGGAGAACUACGCAUAUAACAUGAGAAACACUAUCAAGGAUGAGAAAAUUGGAUCCAAACUCAGCGCGUCUGACAAGAAAACUAUUGAGGACUCUAUUGAUCAGGCUAUUACAUGGCUUGAUAAUAACCAACUGGCAGAAGUUGAGGAGUUUGAGGACAAGAUGAAGGAGCUUGAGAACAUCUGCAAUCCAAUCAUUGCCAAGAUGUACGGUGCAGGCGGAGAUGCUGGUGGCCCGGUGGGUGAUGAUGCUCCCUCUGGUGGUGCAAGUACUGGUGCUGGCCCUAAGAUUGAGGAAGUUGAUUAAGUUUAGAUGGAAUAAUGUUACUCUGGUUCAAUUCUUUUCAUUUGUGUUUGUUUCAUAAGGUUGGUGACUUGAUGAGUACUUGGCUAUUUCAUUAUUCUUGCUUUAGAGUUUCUGUUGAUUGAUGAAUAUUGUAGGGAGUUUGCUGCAGGAUUUCAUUAAAUUAGUGAAACCACAUAUUGAGGCUGC